AUGGAUCGAAGCUCCGAGCAGGAAAACCCGGAUCAAAUGCCCACAGAGAGCCUUGACAUUGUGGUUGCCGACGUGGCAUCGGCACUGGUGCAGGCCAUCGGUCGCAGCCGGCCAGGAUCGAAAGGCAUACAUAGGAGUCUGAGAACAUCCUUGGUGACUUUGAUGGUUGAUCUCAAGUCGGCCAAUACUAUCCAAGCUCUAGCAAGUCGAAAGCCACUGCAAAGAUGUCUACAACAGAUCGCAGAAUCACUAAACGGAAUUCUCCGCGAUGAUUAUGUGAGGCGUGAAUAUCCAAAUUCGCUUGCACGACCAUCAAUACAACCAAGCAGCCCUUUCUUGCCUCGAAUACUAGCUUUUUUGGUAAACAAGACGGCAGUGCCCUCUCCUUCUGAUGCGGUCGAAAGAUGGAUUCUACACCCUCUGCCUAUACUAGGCAUGUUUCAUGAGAUUGUCUCAUCUUCAGAAACAUGGCAGGUUCAACUUGAUGACUUUCUGACACAGGACGAGCGACUAUUUGUUCAACUCAACGCUCUGAUCAAAGACUGGAACUCUCUCGUUGAUCAAUUAUACGACAGCGGUCAUCUGGACGAUGAUUCAGACGAUAAAAAUUACCCAAUGCCUCCCAAACUUCAAGCUGGCAUCUCGACAGAGGAGAGUGUUCAUCACCUGUCACAAUCACUUUAUAAUAUUCUCCACGGUACUUGGCCUUGUCAUUCAGACGAACACGACCAUAACGGACGGUUAGGUUGCUGCGUGCAGGCGAGAUUCUGUUUAGAUCCACAAUGGAGCUCAAAAGAUCGGAAGAACGACAGUUUCUUUGUGCUCUUAACUGGUCCCGAUAUCUUGCAGGAGUGUAGAGUCUGCCCCAAGAAUCGAGGGUGA